AAAAAAAAAAAUGCGAAUUCCAUAAUUUUGAAUGCGGCCUCCUCCGGUAAAACAGCUUCAGCUUCUUCACUCCUUUCGGUGAUUAGCUGGUCGAUUUCCUAUUUUUUUAGUACAUACUUUGAGUAAUUUUGCCGUUCCAAUACAACGCGAGACGGGCGCUUCUUAUCGCCAACAAUGCACGCUCGCCAUUUGUUCAGUGGCACGUCCAAAAGGAAUCAUGAUCUCUCGCAGGAGGUUGGUGUUAAGAUUUCGUGCCUCUCAUGUUUUUCUUUCUCAUUCCAGUUUGGUAACUUCCGAUCAGCCAUAUCCUUGUAAUGCUUGUAGAACAAACAGAGAAGUAACAAAUAGGUCAAACCUUAAGAGCAGAAAUUUCAUACGCCUCCUCAGGCUUUCCUUGAGAUUGAAUGACCACUUGCUAGGUAAACAGUUGCAUUGCUUGACUAUGAAAUUUGGAGUUGCUUAUGAUGUCUUUGUUGGCAGUGCUCUGUCAAACAUGUAUUCAAAAUGUCGUUUUGUUCGAGAGGCUCGUAAGGUGUUCGAUGAUAUGGCUUCAAAAGAUUUGGCGGUGUGGAACAUAAUGUUGUCUUGUUACUUAUUGAAUGAUUAUAAAAGAGAAGCUUUUAAUCUGUUUCAUUCGAUGAGGACUGAAGGCUUUAUAGGAGAUGGUUUUACGUUCAGUAGUUUGAUAAAUUUCUGUAGCCGAAUGAUUUGUUAUGAUUUAGGAAUUCAGACUCAUUGUUUGAUUAUAAAAUUAGCCCUUGAAUCUGAUUUAGUUGUUGGUAGUUCCUUGGUAGAUAUGUACGCCAAAUGUGCAGUCAUUAAGGAUGCUCGCCAUGUAUUCGAUAGAAUGGAUAAUAAGAAUGUUGUUUGUUGGAACACUAUAAUAGUUGGUUAUGGGAAGUGUGGCGAAGGCAAAGAAGCUCUAAUGCUUUUUAAUAAUAUGCUUCGAGGCGGGCUAAAACCAGAUGGAUUAACACUUGCGAGUAUUCUCAGCACUUGUGCUAAUUUAGCAUCUUCGAAUGAGGCUACACAAGUUCAUGGUUAUGUAGUAAAAAAUGGGUUUCAAGCAUAUUUGUCCAUUGGUAAUGCUCUUAUCAUAGCAUAUGCAAAGUGCGGCAGCAUCGACAAUUCUGCCCGAGCAUUUUCUUUGAUACCUUCACCUGAUUGUGUGACUUGGUCUUCCAUGAUUUCUUCCUAUGCUCAUCAUGGAUUGGCAAUGGAAGCCAUUAAUAAGUUUGAGGUAAUGUUACAUGAAGGUAUAAAACCUAACAGAAUCACAUUUUUAGCAGUAAUCUCUGCCUGCAGUCAUGCUGGAUUUGUGGAUGCAGGAGUGCACUAUUUCAGUACUAUGAUUAAGAACUACCAAAUAAAACCAAGCUCGGAGCACUUUGCAUGUCUAAUUGAUCUACUUAGCAGAGCAGGUUAUCUAGAUGAGGCUUCUGAUGUCCUAUCCAGCAUGCCAUUCGAACCUGAUGCGAGUGUUCUUGGAGCCUUAAUUGGUGCGUGCAAUGUCCAUCGCAAUGCUAAAUUGGCAGAAUGGGUUUCAGAAAAGCUCUUCUAUUUGGAGCCAAGGAAAUUAGUUAAUUAUGCUCUUUUGUCUAAUAUAUAUGUAGCUGAAGGCCAUUGGGAAAACGUGUUAUAUCUGAGGAGGAGGAUGAAGCAAAUGUGCAGUCUCAAAAUACCUGGUUGUAGUUGGAUAGAGAUUGGUGGCAAAGUUCACACUUUCGUCUCCCAUGAUAGAAUACAUUUACAAGAUCAAGAAAUAUAUUGUAUGUUGGAUACAGUAAUUUGGUCGAUGAGAAAUAGAUAUUACAUUUGCGAUACAAUCACAGAUUAUAUUUGCAGAUUUCCUGAUACAUCCUGCAGCCUUGUGCUACAUGACUAAACUUGGUGCUCCUCAGCGAGAUUUAAACUGAGAGCUAGAGAACCAGACAUUUGAUAUUGUACAGGUAUAAACUUGCAAGAAAAAAUGGGAAAGACCAAUUGGAGUUGCUAGGAAUGAAGAGCAAAUGUGUCAAAUGGACCACACAUUUAGCAGAGUCAAGUGGACUGGACAUUUGGCAUACGAGAAAAAGUCUAAAUGGGGCAGGUGGACUAGACAUUUGGCAAGAGCAAGAAGUCCUUAAAGACCGGAUAAUAAGCAGCUGUGACCAGUAAAUAUUCGAUCAAUUGGAAUUGUUUCAGAUAAGCGCAACAUGACAUAUGAAGAUGGCAAUUUGGAUCUGGCUGGGUAAAGCAUAUAAUAAAGAUGCAGGGUGAAUUUAGAUGCUGCUCUUAUAAUUUCUAGAGUAUAAGAAGAGAAGAGAAAAAGUAAGACUCAGUGGAUGCAUUAUCUGAAUUAUCCAUUGGACUUGCAGUUAAUGUGAAACAGAAAGGAACGUGUUCUCUGUCAUGUGCAAGGGAAUAUGGAGAUAUUUGUACAUGGACAAGAUACUCAAAUUAAAUCAUGAAUUUUUCACGUGUGACAAACCAUGAGUCUUUCCUUCUCAGGAAGAACAUCAAUUGCUUAAAAAGAGGAAAAAGAGAAUAAUAAACCAGUUGCAUUUGAGUCUGAUGAAGCAAACAAAAAGGGCUAUAAAUUGAGACAGAAGUCAAUCGAGAAACUGGUGCAGAAGUUCUAGUGGAUAUAGAAAGAUUCAAUAACCAUAAGGUGGAACAACCAGAAUCCUUAUACGAAACUUUGUUAACAGCUGAUGAAAGGCAGUUAGUGUUGCUUGAAGAUGUCGAGGAUUGUAAUAAUCUUCUGGGCUCAGCAAAUAAAUUCACAGCAAUCAAUGAGUGCCUUCACUCUUAGUGAUAGAAAAUCUAGAUAGUUAUGUUAUGUUUGCGAAUAUUCUGACUCCAAAUUGAA